AUGCGAUUUGCCAAGAGCCGGCCACUAUUGGCUAUUGACGGGUAUUUCCCAGGUCCUGAUUAUUCGAAUAAUUUUCCUGAUCCGUCGAAUGAUUUUAUUGCUACUCCGUUUGACAUAGGAAGAGACAUAAAGUCCACUCACCAAUCUCGGAUACUAUCGGAAGUACUCAAGGACAAAACUGAUAGCUUCAUCGAAAUUUACACUGAUGGUAGUAAGCCUAGAGGAGCUAACAGUGUUGGCGCAGCAUGUUACAGUCCUCAAGAAAAUAUCCGUAUCUCGAAAAGCAUUAAUCCACUGGCAUCGAUAUACACUGCAGUGUGCAUUGCCUUAAAUGAAGCAAUGGAUCUCGCCCUUCAAAGAAAUGAAAAAAAUGUCUUCAUCUUCACAGACAGUUUGAGUGCUCUACAAGCCUUGAAACACCCCCAGUUAAACGUCAAAACGAACAAUUUCCUACUAGAAAUCCGUCGAAAAUUCAAUGAGUUCAAUAGCCCAAACUUAACAAAUCGGGAAAUUACUUUUUGCUGGAUACCUUCACAUACUGGCAUUACUGGGAAUGAAACAGUAGACUUACUUGCCAAAACGGCUACAGACGCAGUUCAACACGACUUUCCAAAAAUACCCUUCACAGAGUUAAAUGAAGUCUUCAAAACUGCGGCAAAAGAAAAUACUGUCAAACAGGCGACUGACCUUAGCACAUCCAAAGGGAGUAACUACUUCGCCAUGUUUCAUAAGAGCACAACGAAACCCUGGUUCCACAAAUUCAAAUUUCGACGCAAAACUAUAGUCUGGAUCAACAGAGUUCGCGCUAAUCACUACAAUAUAUCGGUCUCGCUCAAUCGAAUUGGUGUUAAAGACAGUGCUAUGUGUCCAUGUGGACACUCGAAAGAAGACAUCGACAACUUAGUUCCGUCGUUUUUAUCCAAGUGUCAAGAUUCUAUAGUUAUUGAAUCACCAGUUAAUCAGACUAGGAUAAGUUCCAACACUUAUGCUAUCAGCUGUAUCUGUUUAUGA